UCAGUUCCUUCCAAGCUAUAUUUUCUUCCUCUAAUUUCAACACCCCCACCCCCCCUCCUCCAAAAAAAAAAUUAUAUAACUUAAGCUUCUCUUGUAAUGGAAAAAGAUGACGUUAACAACGUUCGAAGGUCCAUCGACAAUAACAAUUCUAUUAAUGUCAGUCGUCGGUCAGCACACUAUCAACCUAAUCAAUGGGACUACAAUACCAUCCAAACCAUAACAAACAAUUUCAUGGAGGAGGCAUAUGGCCUUUCGGCUAAGGAGUUGAAGGUAGAGGUUAGGGCUUUGUUGACAGAAACUGACCCAGUAGUUCAAGUCAAGCUCAUUGAUUCCAUCGAAAGGCUCGGAUUGGGCUAUCAUUUUGUGGAGGAGAUUGAACGACUCUUGAAUAAUAUGCUUAUAAGUGGUUAUCACAAAGUGGUGCAAAAAGAUGGCUUGCAUGUUACUGCUGUCCUUUUUAGGCUUUUCAGACAACAUGGCUUCAUGAUUUCGCAAGAUAUUUUUGACCACUUUAAGGACGUCAACGGUAGCUUCAAGGCAAGCCUUUCACAUGAUGCAAAAGGAUUGUUGAGUUUAUAUCAAGCUUCUUCACCAAUUAAAAGAUGUCCAUCAUGUACCAGACAUUAG